GCUGUAGCUGACCAGGCUUGCAGGCAGCGGGCAUGGGGCCCUGCUCAGAGGACCACCCGCCUUGCGGGGCCUCCAGUCUCCUGGGGUUCAUCAGCCUCCUCCUCAGUGUCUGCCGUGCUGUGGCUGAGAGUCCUGGGGCACACGGCUCUGCCGUUAAGGACUCCAGAGCCCACAUUCCUCUGAAGGGGAUCCGAGGAGGUUCUGUCUUGUUUGGUGUGACCCAGAAGACAGGAGCAGUUCUGGAAACUGAGCUGGAGGAGCUCUGCUGGAGCUUUACCCCGGAGUCAGACUACAGAGUCCUGUUUCGAAUCCAGAGAGGCGUCCAUUCUCCAACCUGGUUCAGCUUCCAGGACAAAUUCAAGCAGAGGGUCCAGGUGCCCAACUUGGCCUCCCUGAGGAUUUCCAACCUGUGCCUUGAGGACAGUGGGCAUUACCGAGCUCAAGCCAGGUUAACGGAAGGAAGAGAAGUUUUGCAGUUUUUCCACCUUACUGUCUAUGAUCCCGUGCCCCAUCCUCACAUCCUGGCUCAGUCACCAUCCAUCGCAGCAGGCUGGUGCAACGUCACCCUGGAGUGCAGGGCCCCAGGGGCCACAAGGGACCUGAACGUGACCUGGGAGAGCAGGGGCCUCCCCCUGGAGCUGAGGCAGAGAGGGACACCAGGACCAGCCCUUGACUCCUGGACCCUGGCUGCAAGCCUACCCUUGAGUCAGCCCAAUGCCAGCUUCACCUGUGUGGUCAGCAAUCCCAUGGACCAGAAAACUGUCACCAGAGAUGUUGGGGACAUCUGUGCCCAAGAUUCAUCUGGACAGGACGUGGCUAGAUUGCUACCAUUCAUCGUAGUGGCUAUUGUGGUGUUGAUGUUGAUCCUGGGAGUUAUAUCAUACCUUUGGAAGACACGUGGGAAGCAGAAGAAGAUGGAACCAGGAAGAGGCAGGUUGCCAAUUGCAGGAGGACCAGAAUGUUGAGGAUGUUGGCAUCCACUAUGGAGAACUGAUACAGCAGGAGUCUCAGGGCACUCAAGAAGUACAUGGGAAAGAAAAGGUUCCUGUGACUACUGUCUACAGUGAGGUCCGUAACUCAGGCCGGGCCAUGAAUAUCAUUUAAUGGGAGGAAGCAGGAGAAUCGGCACCACCGGGACACGUCUGCUCUGAGCCUGAAGCCUGCAGACACCUGCCUCUGCCAGCUGCAGCUCAGCUCCAGCUGCCUCUGGCCUAUGUUAGCCUGACUUUGCGACCAUAAUCUGUAUGGGUAUUCAUGGCCUGGUUACGUUCUGUGACACCUCCCCAAGCUGUGCCGAUACUCAGGAUUCUCAUCCCUGCUAGGUGAGGGUCCUUCCUCUGUCAUUCACAAGAAUUCUGACUCUUCUGCUAACCUUCCCAAGGGCUCCCUGUCUGAUUGUGCAGGUAGCGAAUGCCCACCACUUGUGCUGUGUGGCAAGUGUGUGUAAUUCUGAGGAUACAAGGCCAGGUGUGGGAGCUGUGUAGAUGUGUUUGUUGAGUGUGCCACAGGGGAGGGAGUUAGGACCUGGGUACUGGGUGUUGAGAGAGGGUCAAAGGAGGCAGCAGCAAGGGUGGAAGCCUCCACAGGAAAUGCCCUGAGGCUUCCUUUGCAGAUCUCACUUAGACCUCCCUGUGUGUGUUGAGCUGUGCUGUGUGUUUGUGUGUGUGUGCAUUGGGUUAGUGUCUAGGGCACAUUAUAGAAGUCAACCAAAGCUGCCUUCCUUUUCACCUGUGCUAAGCUGGACCUACGCCUCAGCAUUAGCUUAUGGACCCCAAGUUAUCUUCCUGUGGAUUGGAAAGAGGAAUUUGCAUUAUCUGAAGCCUUACCAGCCUGUGCUUUCAUUAGCAACAUUCCUCCCAAAUACUUUGUUUAUAUUUCAAGCUGUCUGUGCUGCAUUGGUUCCAUGAUGGGACUUAUAUUUGAAAAUAACAGAAAAUUUUGACUUUUUUUGUGGUUUCAAAAAAUUGCUUUAAAAAUUUGAAAGAUAAUAACCAGCUAGACCAUGUGUUUGAAAAACAAGUAUGUACCCUCAUGGUAAAAACAAAAGAAAUAUUGUCAAAGUGAAAUGCCAGAGAUAUCAACUUUCAAACUUAGUACUUAAGGAAAUGAAACGUUUCAUACUUAAUAACCCAAUACUAGCAUACUGAAUUCAAUAGCACAUUGAGAGAAACCUUCCCCCAGAUCAGGUAUAAUUUAUUCCUCAGCUAGAAGGAUGAUUCAACAUAUGGAAAUGAAUAAAUGUGAUAUAACACAUUCAUACAGUGAAGGAUAAAAAUCAAUUAUAUGAUCCAUACUGGUAGUUAUGGUGGCUGAGAAAGGCAUCCAUGCUCAUGUCCUCCACAAAGAAGGACCAAAACAGAGAGUAGAUAACCACAUGUUGAAUGGAGUAUGUUAAGAGGGAACACUGAGAUUCAGCAGGGCAGUGACACAAAAUCACUUCCUCAGAGGCAUGGAAAGAUAGGGCCAUGGAGCAGCCGGGCUGGCCAGCAUCAGCUUGGAGCAGAGAGGAACUCCCCAUUUCACAGAAGAGGUGAGUGAGAGAUCUCCCGUGGUCCACAUUUGCACAGUGAACCCCUGUAAUCUUAGCUAUGGGAAAACUCCUGGGCCCAUGUGAAUCCUGACAUUAGUCCAGGGAGCUGUGUGGACUCUGUGUGAUGGCAUGUUCCAGAGAGGGAGUUUGCGCUGGGUCCCACACAAACCCCUGAAACCCAAGCAGCAGCCUCGCAGUACAAUUUUGAGAGCCAAAUCCCCAGCAGACUACAUCCUACUCUAGGGUCCAAAAGCCACUUUAUCCCCAUAUCUGGAGUCCACUGACAUCCUCUCACAUCUACCUAGGAGGCUGCAGGAGAUCUAAAUAGACAUUUCUCAAAAGAAGACAUACAAAUAGCCAAUAAAAUGGCCAAUAAAUAUAUCAAAAAUUGCUCAACAUCACUAGUGAUUUGGGAAAUGCAAAUCCAAACCACAAUGAGGUAUCAUCCCACACCAGUUAGAAUUGCUAUUAUCAGAAAGACAAAAAACAACAAAUGCUGAAGAAGAUGGGGAGAAAAGGGAACUGUUAUAUGUUGUUGUGGGAAUGUAAACGAGUAAAGCCAAUUUGGAGAACAGUAUGGAGAUUUCUAUUAAACUAAGAAUAGAAUUAUCACAUGACCCAGUUACCCACUACUGGGUAUUUAUCCAAUGAAAGGAAAUCAGUCAAAGAGAUGUUUGUGCUCCAAUGUUUAUGGAAGCAGCUUCCUUUAAGUAGGGAAGAUAUGGAAUUACGUAAGUGUUCAUCAACAGAUGAAUGGAUUAAGAAAAUGUAGUAUAUACAUGAUGGAAUACUAUUCAGUGAUCAAAAGAAUGAAAUACUGUCAUUUGCAGCAACAUGACUGGAACUGGAGUCAUUAUGUGAUGUCAACUAUAUGAAGUACAGAAAGACAA